UCAACUUUAGGUUAGGUAACUGCAAUGUCAUAAUGGAGCAGGGUCCCAAUAGACAAACAGGAUUAAUGGACCGACCCUCAGCAAAUGACUUUGUGGAAAAUGUUUCACCGAAAGUAAGAACUCAUACUGAAGAAAAAAGAGAGGAUUUUUUCAGCAGGAAGGGGGUUAUAACAAUGGAGGAAGGUGGCGAGAGAUGUACCCAUACCGCCGUACCCCCAUCUGCUAUGAUGACACUAGCGAUGGAGCUGCUGGUAUCAAACCGCGGCAAAGCCUCUAAAAUUUUUCAGGAUGCUAAACUGAAAACACAAGUUUCAACAGACGAAGAAGACGAGUCGAAUCUUCCAAAGUUGUGGGUCGUACCGAGCGCUACGUCAGAGGGGGAAGCCCCGGUUGCGUCACAUUUAAAACCAGCGAUGGAUAAUGCUGAUUUCGUGACGCUUUCGAGUCAGGAGUGUUUGGAUGUGGAAAAUAGGGAAGAAAACGACGACACAACGCCAGAGAUUAACUUUCAAGAUCUAAAAUUUUCUGUGGCUGACCUGAUUGGUUCAGAAGAUAAAGUGUUCCGGUACAGUGACGAUGAUGAUGACGUCACUGUGGAGAAUACGUCACCAAGCCAUGAGCAACUCACAGUAGGGGGUGGCGAUUUAAAUGAGCCCUUGCUGAAAGAUGGCACGAAGCAACACGACAGUUUAAUUCACAACAAUGACAUUUCAAUUAAUGCUCAAUGCUUCGGCACUGCGGGUGUCAUAAACCCGUCUGUGACGUAUCAAACUGAUGUACCCUUAACACAAGGGUCAAACGGGUUCAUAGCGUCGUUAACUGAUAAACCAAUCACCGUACGCGAACCGAACCACGUGAUUAACGACCACGCAGCAACCUUGAGCGAGUCAGAAGUAAACAAAACAACUUCGUGUCUUGAUUCCAAUUUAGAACACGAUGCCAGCCAUUGCACCAGGCAAAGCAAGAGUCAGAUUUGCAGUGACGUAACUUUGAGUCCCGGGAGGGAUUAUUUCAGUCUCAGCUCAAAGGAACGCGAUUCGGAUUCCAUAAGCAUAACGCCUGGCUCUAAUUUGAUAUCUAGCAAUCACCAUACCGUCCAUAGGGAAUUAAGAAAUGACAAUUUAGAUCGAGUGGUACGUGGAGCACAAAUGGCGGAUGCUUCUGGGUUUUCUUCCGCUCCAUCCAGGUCUUCGUCUUCUUUAUCUCUCUGCUCCCUCGGCUCCCUGUCCUCCGCCUCGCUCCAGCUCUCUAUGACGUCAGGGAAGGUCUCUGUUGCCUCAUGUGUUAGUCUCACGCCCGACAGUUUGGACCUAUGUGAGCGGAAGUGCUUGGGGGUAAGUAACCUCACCGACGCUUGCGGUCGUUGUGCAUUAACUAGCUCCUACGGUAAGCUGCCAUUAAACGAGCAGCACUUUGAGAGCGCGUCGAAAUUAAAGAUGGCGUCAUUCGAGCCCAUUUAUGGAUGUGACGGCUGUGGCUCUGCUGGCACAUCAGCAGCCAAUGCAUUAAACGUACCAUUGCAAUACAACUCCCAAUUGAACGAUGCAAGCUUGAAAAUAACGCGCCUCCGCAGUCGGUCGACCUCCUCAGACCGUGGUAGAAGUAACUGUGUUUCUCCGAAAAGUCCUUCCCGUAAAGUAAUCUGCAAAUACAGUGAGCAAGAACCAGCAAAAGCGAGUCCAGUGUUGCCAGGUAAGGUCAUCUCUCAAGCUGUGUUUCCGGAAGCGGAAAAUCCGACUUUGGCGACUCCAGUUUUAUUCUUAAAAAAGCAGAAGUGCACUGGGUGUGGGCAACACGCUGAUAUGCCUGCGCUUUGCUGUUGCAUAAGGUCAAAACCCAAAGCACCGCCUAGAACUGACAGCAGGGGUGCUGUGGAUAAGUUCUCUGUAAGAAAUGAAGAUUCUAAAGCAAGACGAAGCUCGUCCUCGAGUUCGCAGGAUUCAGAACCCCGUCUCGUUAAAGAGCAAGAGAGAGUUUUGAAUUCUGAUGACGUCACAAAACAUGACGUCAUCAGAAGUAAAUCGGACAUCAUCGAAAAGCAAGGAGAGGUUUUGAUUUCUGAUGACGUAAAAGAAUCAACCGACGACGUAUUGCAUUUGAUAAAAAAUGAAGAUUCAGAACAUAAAGUAAUUCUGACCUCGACUUCGAACACAAUAAGCGAGCUACCUGUUGUAGCUGAAUGCUGGACAACCGAAAAACAAACAAACAAAGAAGAAAAUGAAAAGCAAGCGGCUUGUGUUACAACGAGGACGCAUAGGGACGGGUGUAGAGUUACUCUAUCCAAUCUUAAUGAGGGAAAGCGAGCCGGGAAUCGUUUAGUGGUCCAGGAAACUGGUUUGAAUGGUGAAUGUAGUACAGCGAGAGGCAAACAGCUGGUUACAGCCGAUGAUAUAGUGUGUGCGAGUUCGUCAAUGCCACUCUCGGAGCAAUGGAAACAUGAGAAAGAAAUGCCGAGUAGAAAUGACCAACAGGAAACUAUUAUUGAAGGCGAGGGGACUGGACGCAUAAGGGUGGUUGGGGGUUCGAAGAUAACCCUUCUUAAAGGGAUAAGAGGUCCUGGUCAAGCAUUGGAAAGUUCGAGAACUUCUCCUAGUAGGAAGAUUGUCAUAAUGACUGAUGAUGACAUAGAUAUGGGUCAUAACGUACAUGGUAAAGAUAAACAGGCGGCGCCUGACAGCGUACUUGGCAAAGGCUGCGAGUUGAAACGUCAUAAUGAUAAUUGUGAAGCGAUAACAGAGCUUAACGCUUCCAGUCAAGUUCGUCCAAUAGAAUCGCGCGUUGUCGCAUCGCAUAGUGACGUAACAAGCACGUCUAUCAAUGGGAAUGGUCCAAUCAGCAAGCAGGAAAGUUCUGGCAUUACAGAGGCUUGUUUGAAUACCUCGAACGCAGAGAAGUCAGUCGAACAGAUCGUGGUCGAACCGAGUUUCGUUUCCUUCGAAGGCCAGAAAGUGUACAAAGCAUCCACCCCUUACAGGUCACCAGUUACCUCGACUAUUAGUUCCCAGGAGUGUUCCAGUUUCAGAAACAAGGUCACGAUAGUUCACAAGAAACCUGACUUCCCGUCGACUAGUCCAGAGCCGCAGGGAAAAAUGAAAUUGAAAAAAGAAGUUAUUGCGAAAAGACAAGCGUCCUCGCCAAGGGUAAAAACACCAGACGUUAAAGACGCGAAAAGCUACACUUCGACUGUAACACUUUCUUUGAAGCCGUCUGCAAAGGUGAGAACGCCCACAGAAAAUAAAGAAGAUCUCAGCUUUUACACAAACCCGGGCGCUAACCCGGAGUAUCAUAAAUGGGUGCAACAAUGGACCACAUGUGAAAAAGAUGCAGUAGCUAUAUCGCCAAUCCGAGACCACGUAAGAGAGUUUAACAGCAAGAACGACAAACCAGUCAUGCCGACGAGAAACUGCGUUGGGGCAAGGAAUCGAAUCCAGUCAAACGUAGAAUAUUCUAGAAUCCCUCACGUAAGAGACAACGCAAGAACACAGUCGUCUUCAGUGAGCACAAUGUUUGGAGAGCAGUCGCACGAUGGCGCAAAAGAUCCAGAAGCAACAAUGACGUCACCGCCACCCCAUUCUGUAACCGAUGACGAAGAAUUUAGUGGGGUUGUUGAAGCACCGCUCAAAAAUGUGAAAGACAUAAGAGCAAUGUUUAAGAAAGGACCGGAUUAUAAAAAUUACGCCAAACCCCGAAGUCUGAGUUCAAACAGUGCUUCUAAACAAGAAGAAAAGGACCGUCGGCAUACCACAGGGGACCAAUUGGACGAUGACAUUUUUGAUGACGUCACCGUUUCGGAUCACAAGGUAGCAAAGCAGGUGAUGGGAAUGUUCCAGGGAGCACUGGAUAUUGAGAAAGAGUUGGCAGUGUUUGAAGAAGAACGUUUGAGCCAAUCUUCGAAUAUUUCACCUAUAAAGCAGAAUGGCCACGCAGUAAUUACAACAACAUAUACUCAGGAGCGUAACGUGACAACCCCCAAGUCCUCCUCUGUGACGUCACCAACGUCGACCUCUAGCGGCGAAAAUAAUAGUAAUGACGACAUUGCACCCGAAGACAUUCGAACCUCAAUAGCUAAGAUAAAAAGCGAGUCAGCCACCGUUGCCUCAUUCGACGAAUCAUUGGAUCAGUUCUACGACGUUCUUAAUGAUCUUACGUCGUAGUUUGACGCGUUUGACGCAUUUGAUGCAACCAAUGCGUGACGGCGUAAACGUUGCGCACAGCGAACAGUCUGUAUCUUUUGUUUUCAGUUUAAAAACGCUUCCUCGCCGAAUGCUGUUUACUUUUUUGGUUGAAUAACCGCUGAGUAUAAUGUAUAUAUUUUCCCCGUUAUUGCAAUAAAGUUUUACGUCCGAUAUUGUUUA